UCGUCGCCCCACACUUUCUCAGCACCGGCUCCAAGCACGAGUAUCCUGAAGACGAACAGCACAGUCAGCCAGAUCUUCCCGACUACAGUCGAGUGUUUCUGCACCUUGUCCAACAGUCGGCCGAGGAGGUCCCAGUCACCCAUCUUCAGCUUUGUGGGUCACCUAAAGAAGAAGAAGAAGUGGUAGAAAAACAUCAAGAUGGGAAGAAUGAUUGGUGGUAUAACAGUGGUUGUGGUAUAACAGUAGUAGCUCAGUGACGAACAGUCAGUCUAAUGGAUGGAUGGAGGGACAGACAGCCACACGGAUGGAUGGUGGGAUGGAUGGAUUCCCUGCAGAUGAAAUGCACAACCCAGCCAGUGGAACAGGAACGAGCAGAAAGAGCAGUGCAUCACACCUCCUGCAGAGCGAUGUCACAGUUUUUUUCCUCGGAGGACGAGGCCGAGCUCCAGUCGCUGCUCAGACAGCUUUUGAAGAGCGUUCGAGAACGAAUCGCCAACGCACCAUCGGUGGAAUGCGCCGAGGAGAUCCUGCUUCACCUGGAGGAGACUGACAAGAACUUCCACAAUUAUGAGUUCGUUAAGUAUCUGCGUCAGUAUGUGGAGAGCAGCUUGGGGGCUGUUAUCGAGGAGGAAACGGAGAACUGCUCCAAGGGGGACGGGCAUGGCGUCGGGGCCGGGCAGGACACACUGGUCCAUGCCGUGACUAGGAGAACCAGAGAAUCUGAACAAUAUAAGCAGAUGAUGCAGACCUUAAAGCAGACCAUGACGGUGAUCGUGGAGUCGCUGCUGAACAAAUUCGAAGAGGAUCAGCUGAAGAAGGAGGAGACCCACGGCACAAACCAGCGAGAACAGUCGAGCAGCCACUACACAGACAACUGCUCCGACAGCGACUCCUCGUUUAAUCAGAGCUAUGGCUUCAUCAAGCAGGAGCAGCUCCAGGUCAUUUCUGACAAGCUCGACCCAAGCAGACCAAGAGAGGUACGCUGGGAAGCCUUGCAGCUGCUCUGCUGUGCUCCUCCUUCUGACGUACUGAGCUGCGAGAGCUGGACGGGUCUACGGCGAAACCUCUCAGCUGCUCUUGCUGAUCCAGAUCCCGACCUCAGUGAUAAAGUGUUACGCUUCUUCGCGAAAACAUUUUCUACAUCUCCUCUGAAUGUGACGAGGGAAAUCUACACCAGCUUGGUGAAAAGUCUGGAAACCGACUUCCUGUAUCACAAGCUGAGUUUCCCCUCUGAGUCAGCACACGUGGAUGUUAACAGGCCGGAUAUCACUCGGCUCUUUAAGCAAGUACGCUUAAUGAACGACUUUCAGAAAGAAGUGACCACGUUUUGGAUCCGGCAUCCUGAAAAGUACAUGGAGGAAAUAAUAGAGAGCACAUUCGCUCUUCUGUCUCUUCAUCCUGAACACGGCAUGUCCACUCACGGCUCGGAGAAAAUCCUAGAACCCGUCCACUUCCUGUCUCUAUUGGAUAUCAAAGCCAAUUGGUUCAAGAGGUGGAUGCAUGGCUACUACAGCAGGACGGUGGUCUUGAAGCUUCUUGAGCGGAAAUACAAAUCAGUGAUCGUUACAGCUCUUCAGCAGUGCAUUUAUUACUUGGAGUCCUGCGAUGCCGUCAGAGAGGGAACAUUGGAAAUCACACAUGCCAUGGAGCAUCAACGAAUUGGCUCUGCUCAGAGGAGCUGUUACACCGCUAAGGAGCUGGAGUACGCUCACUUUGUUCACUCGCUCUGUGUGCUCGGAAGGCUUCUGAUGUACACCAAUGGGAGAAGCCUUUUUCCCGUUAAAGUGAGAAAGAGAAGAGAUCCGGUGACUCUGAGUGACUUGGUGGUGAUACUGAUUAACAUCAUGUAUCAGCACCCAAACACACAUCGCUCUGAUUUGAAUCACGCAGACUCGCUCUCUCCCACUACUCUGGUGAUGGAGGUCCUGAGGACCUUGUGUGAACGCACUGAAUGCGCUGUGGAGUGUAUCUACCAGAUCCCCGUCGUCGAGACCCUGCUGGUCCCAAUCCUCGCUCUGCUUAAAGGAAAACAGGCCAAAUUAAACUCUCCAGAAAGCAGCCUGACCCAUAUAGCAGACACGCUCGCAAGAAUUGCCACCACCGAACGAGGCUUAGCACUUUUCCUGUAUGAGAGGAAGAUUGUCUCUGCUGAGGGUGAAGGUAUUUCAGCAGCGCACGUGAUUGUGCAGUUCACUCAGGCACUGCUAGCUAAAGAGCUGCGGGCGUGCGAGGAGCUGCAGAACUCAGCCGCCGUGAAGGGGGCCUUUAUUUUCGUGUGCCGUCAGAUGUACAACACAUGCGAGGGGCUACAGGUGCUCAGACCCUACAGCCUACAUGAAUGCAUAGCCCAGGCAUGGAAAAAGGCGAGUUUAAAGUCAGAACGAAUUCCCACUCCUGUUCCUGGAGCUCUAGAACCAUCAGCUUCCCAGGAAAUUCCCAGCAUAAUGGCUUGGGAGGAGAUGCUCUUGGACAACCUGCUGAACUUUGCAGCCACUCCAAAAGGCCUGAUGCUUCUUCAACAAACUGGAGCCACUCAUGAGUGUGUUGCCUACAUGUUCACCAGGUUCACCAAAAAGCUCCAGGUGAGUAGGUGUGAGAAGUUUGGCUAUGGGGUGAUGGUGACCCAGGUCGCAGCUACCGCCCCGGGCAUUGUUGCUCUACGCUGCUCUGGUUUUAUCCAGGCCAUAGUGGUGGAUCUGUGGUCAGCACUCGAGUGUGGCAGAGAGGACGUGAGAGUCGUCCAUCCCAAAUCUAUCCCAAUGGAGCCUAUUGACAGGAGCUGCCUCAAAUCCUUCCUAACAUUGGUGAACCUGCUGUCUUCUCCACAUGCUGUGUUGGAGCUGCUGGGACAUGAAGUACUGGCCAACAAGACAGAGUACAGCCUGAGAGAAAUGCCCACCUCCAUCAUUGACGUGAUGGACCGCCUCGUCGUUAUUAACUCCGAUGCCAAAAUCCACUCCCUGUUCAACUACGAGCAGUCACACACAUUUGGCCUUAGACUCCUAAGUGCUAUGUGCUGUAACCUGGACUCUCUUUUGCUCCUGGAGUCUCAGUUUAAACUCUCAGACGUUCUGCUUCAGAGUCAGAAGGACAACGUCUUCGAGUCCCCAACUGGUGAAAAUGAGUUUAUCAUCGAUGGCCUGUCUGUGGAGAGAAACCAUCUCCUGGUUCGAAUGAAUGUAAUAGGUGGCCCAUCUGAAAGGAAACUUCCUCCCAGAGCACUGCAGAAGGGGAAUGAUCCAUACCCAUGGCCAAUAUUUUCAUCUUUCCCUGUGCCCACAUGUUACACCCUCGAAAUAUCAUCAAAGACCUCAUGGACUAAACAAGACUCUGAGGUGAGCGCUUUCCUGACUUCCUCCAAAGAUGGUGAGAGAGAUGAAAACUGGAUGGACAACUGCAGGAGACAUCUGUGCAAAGCCAUUACCACCAAAUCUAGUGUUCUGACAGGAAGUGUGUUAGCCGACCUUCUGGAGAGGGCAGUGCUGCACCUCUCCUCCUCUCCACCUCACUGCUUCUUCCCACCUGCAGAAUACAAAGUUGUGGAUCACGACAUAAAGGCUCGCAAUCUGACGCCCGUGGAACAGCUGGGCAUCAGCUCGGCUCUCAGGUACGGUUUACUGCUGAAGUUAUGGAGAGAGGAUUCAGAGCAGGAUCUCUGUCUUCUCAUCAAACACUGUCAAGAGUUUCUGUCUCAGCAGCGUAUCCCAAUCCAGUCUGAUCUCCGUUACCUGCAAGGUAGUUACCCUGGACAUGACUGGCUCUCCUCCACUAUUUUUCUCCUGAUGGCUGGAGACGUGGGCCGCUCUCUCAACCUGCUACUGCGUUUCUCCCGGUUGCUGACUUCAGCCUUUCUCUGGCCACCUCGGAUCUACAGAUCUGUGCACAUGCCGUCAGAGAUGGCUCAGUCGGGCGUUCCCCCUCUCUACUCCUGCACCGCUCAUUACGUGGAGAUGCUGCUAAAAGCCGAAGUGCCUCUGGUCUUCUCUGCAUUCAGGAUGUCCGGCUUCACCCCUUCACAGAUGUGUAUGCAAUGGCUGACUCAGUGUUUCUGGAACUACUUGGACUGGCCCGAAAUCUGCCAUUACGUUGCCACGUGCAUCAUCAUGGGCGUCGAUUACCAAGUGUACACGUGCAUUGCCGUGCUGAAGCACCUCCAACAGGAAAUCCUGCAGCAUACCCAGACCCAGGACCUGCAGCUCUUCCUCAAGGAAGAUCCCAUCGAAGGCUUCAGAGUGGGGGAUUACCUGGAGUACAUGGAGAGCCUAGAACGCAGAUACAGGUCCAUGGUGCUCAUAGACAUGAGAAACAGCUUGUUAAAGAGCACAUAGUGUUAAACCAACUUUGUUUGUCUGACAGGAGGAAUAAAUGUUGCACUAAAUAUUCAGGCAAUUAGUGGAAUAAGCAGAACUGGUGGUGACUUUGGGUGGGAAACUGGAUUAGGUUCAGUUUGAUGGCUUUUUUUUCUUGUCUCUUUGGAUGUGUGUUUGGUUUUGUUUGCAGUUUGGAAUUUUGUAACAUGGCCCAUACAGGUAAUGAACUUUCUCUUUAAAAAAAAAAUCACUAGCAUUGAAAUAUAUUUCCUGGCUGUGUGUUUUGUUCACUUUUCUUUUCUUGUCUCCAUGUGAUCUGUUGCCUCUGUGGUUUUUCCUCCUUCUUGACCUGCUGUGUUAUUUUUCUUGCUGUUCGAUUUCUUCCUGUCUCUUUGGAAGAAAUCAAGGGUAUCAACCUGCAUCAGAUUAAAAAUACUGAUGCUUGCCUACAAAGCCCAAAAACAGGCCAACACCCAUUUACCUCAACGCACUUAUCAUCCUCCAAACUGCACCAUGCUUCCUCCAAUCCUCCAACACUGCUCGACUGGGCCCACCGUCCCACUGUGUACAAGGAAGGCAUGAAGCAUGACUCUUCUCUGGCAUCUAGGUACUGGAAUGAACUUUUGAUGAACUUUGAACUGGAAUGAACUUUUUCCCAGAUGUCUGAACAACCAAGUCAGUCUGUCUUCAAACGAGGUCUAAAGACGGUCCUCUUCCUGAAAUACUUAUACUAACACUUACUACAACUGACUUAAUGCCAUAAAUGUGAAGCUAUGCUGUUCUGUCAGGUUAGCAACAGCAAAGUAAUAACCAUAAUCAAUACAAAUGUAUUCAUUCAGAACGUUUGUUCUUAAUUUCAUUUUUUUUAAAUAGGACUCCACUACGGUUAGCACGUUCGCCUCACGCCUCCAGGGUUGGGGGUUCAAUUCCCGCCUCCGCCUUGUGUGUGUGGAGUUUGCAUGUCUUUGGACCGGGGGUUUCCUCCGGGUACUCCAGUUUCCUCCCCCGUUCCAAAGACAUGCAUGGUAGGUUGAUUGGCAUCUCUGGAAAAUUGUCCGUAGUGUGUGAUUGCGUGAGUGAAUGAGAGUGUGUGUGUGCCCUGCGAUGGGUUGGCACUCCGUCCAGGGUGUAUCCUGCCUUGAUGCCCCAUGACGCCUGAGAUAGGCACAGGCUCCCCGUGACCCGAGAAUAGUUCGGAUAAGCAGUAGAAAAUGAGUGAGUGAGUGAGAGGACUUCACUACAUCUUACUCAAUUAUAGCUUAAUCAUGUCAUAUACUAUGCUGCACUUCUCGGUAAGAUUUAUA